AUGCCCAAUGAUCUGUCCUCGCAGAAGUUUGUCAUUGAGACGUCUUCUUCGACAGCCCAGCCCAUCUUCUCUGGCGAGCAGAUUCGCCUGAGAUGCCUUGCAACCGGGCGCCUCCUGGGGCUCGAGACGUCCGCCACGGGUGAGUUCGAGUUGAAGUGCAAGCCUCGUUGGGGCUCGGAGGAAGCCACCUUGAUGUCCAUGAUGCUGGUGCAUGAGGACAUCUACCGCUCGCCACUCCGAUUUGCGCAGCAAGUGCGCAUGGGAAAUGGCCUCGAGGUCUCAGACCUGAGACAAGCCAGGCGCAAAGGUCAAAACACCAGGAGUUGGGACGGCUCAGGCUGGACAAUCCUGGCCAUCAACGGCCAAGCUGCCACGCGAGCGAUGGUGGAUGAGAUCUUGAAGAGCGCCAGAGGGUCCUCGCAAGGCAAGUAUGCGAAGAUGUCCUCCACAGUCUCCACCGGUGAAAGCAACAACAUGACAUCUUCCCGCCAGCCUGGCGAAAUAGCCGCUGCCAGAGGGGAGUACAUCGUACAGUUCGUCAGGGCAGCUGGUACAGCUGGGAAUCCCAUCCGGAUUGGGAACAAGGUCAUGCUAAACCACGCUGGUGGCUGGACCUCAUCUUCUGUCGGCUUCUCCCAAGGCGUGGAAACCAACAGGCCAGCCGACGACACGGAGCAGGAGGCUCAGGCGCAGAUUGUGGAGGGGACCAUCGGGGCAUCCUUCCUGGUGGAGGCGUCGGAGUAUGGGAGCAAGGAUGACCCUGCGACCUACCAGUGGGCUGCAGAUCAGAUCAACCGCCUGUCCGACACCGUUCAGUUGCAGACCUCGGCUGCCGAAAAGUACCGCAUGCUCACAGUAGUUGCCUUCAACGCCCGCACUACGGGGGUCGAGGGUGUGGCAGGAAUUCUGCAGACCGAUCCCGACUUGCACGUGAGAGUCCUGGGGAGCUUGCUCCAGCCUAUCCGUCACGAGAAGGAUAUCCGCGUUGAGUACGAAAGUCUCGCUGACCUGCUCAUGGAGGUGGUAUUCGGGUUCGACAAGGAUACUGCGACUGAUCCUCUCACCAUCUUGGCUUGGGAGGAUAAACUCGAUGAAUCCACGGUCGCGAGAUCUUCUGGCUUGCAGCUCGGGGACGAGCUUUUGAUGAUCGAGCUGCUGGAUGACCUAGGGGAGGUCAAGAGGACACUGACGAACCCUGCCGAGAUGAGAGAUCUGCUGCAGGAUGACAAGGAGGACAAGGACGACCAAGCCCUGCUAACCUUUCGAUCGCGCAGCGGCAAAGGGGAGGACAGCAACGAGACCGUGAAAAAAGCGGUUUCCCAGGCCGAGAACAUCGCGGCCCUGCUGCCAACCUGGAAGGAGAUCGCCGAGAGCGGUAAGAUGGUUCUCCAGCGCGGUGGCUAUGUGGAGCUCAAGGACGCACUUCUCAGUCGAACUUUCCUCUUCCGGGUAAAGUGCGACAUGGUACAGUCCCUGAUGUCUGCGGGGCUCAACCUGCUCUACGACGACUUCAUCCCAAGCGCUGUGAGGCUCCACGCACAGUUCGCGCCGGCGCCGGAUUCUGUCCUGUUCAAUUACUUUCCCGGCAGAGACAACGCAGAAGUGCGCGACGAGCUCAUGAUUGCGCAGCUGGAUGUUCUCACGAACCUGUGGCGGAAUUUGCCGCGGAUUGUCAAAGAGGACAUGCCAGAGACCAUCCGCACGCUGUUCCGCCCGGACAUGGAGCUUGAGCUGAUGCAAGAUGCGGUGCGCGUCCUCAUGAAGCGCUGGGAGAGGGUUCGGGAUGCCAACCAAAGCAUGCCAGAGCCCCUGGUGAACUUCUUCGCUGGCUUCAAGCCCUCCUAUGAAGAAGGGCAGGCGCGCGAGCUCUCCAUGCUUUGGAUCUCACGGGCUUGGCAGGGGCAGCGCGUGCAACAGCAGCGUGUACAAAGUCUCAUUGGAGAUCUUAGCCGCCAUUACGAGGUUGCUGAGUACUUCUGGGAACGGAAGGUGAAGGAGGCCCUAGACCGGGCCGAGGAUGCCCAGCGAAAGCUGGGGGAGGCAGUGAAGAAGGAGCAAAUCCGUGUGAUCCUCUGUUCUUCAGUCCGAGAUCUCGAGAUGGUCAAGUCCAAGCUGGUUCCCGAGAGUUUGAUGCUGAAGGAGGACUGUAAGAUCGGGGACUCCGAAAUUGUUCCGCAAGGGAAGUGCCUGAUCUGGAGCCAAGGUGCGGUAUUGGAGCAUUUUAAGAUGCUUACAAACCCGGACUUUGCGAAGAUCCAUGAUGAGCUUCACAAGCUCUACAAGGGCAAGGAG